AUGAAGAUGGACGGCAACAAGGUAACAUCUGCUGAGUAUUUGUCUCGGAUCAGUCUAACGUCCAUUCCCUUUUAAGUUCCAAAACAUUCCUUCCUUGUUUUGCAAAUUUAUUGAUUAUUUUGAACUCAUCAACGUACAUUGGAUGGGUGGGGGGUGGGGGGGACUUCAAAACCGUUUAGGGUCAUUAUGGCCACCAGACCUUGCGAUUUUACCUAAAAUUUAGCUGGGGACAUUUUAUGUUGUUCGUGACGUAAACUUCAACAUGGAAGUUGCCAUAACAACAGAGUAUUGUCAGCCAUGUUCUGUACUAUUCUAUUUUAUUUCCACAAGAAAGGACUUACUCCUGAAUUCUUGAUCGAUAAGUAAAGCAAUAAGUAAUUAGAAAAGUAAUGUAUUAAACUUCCUGCUUACAAAAGGGCUAAGUAAACGUUUACCACAAUAUAUCGCAGGGUGUGAAACAUGGAUCAUGCAAUAUGCAUCAGUUUUCACUGAAGCAAACUUACAUGUAAUUGGAAUAGGUGCAUACAUGGUUUCAAGAGAAUUAAAGGGGGAAUGGAUAACCUCCAACCCAGUAUUAUAUCAGUUUUUAUAUUAGUCAAUUCACUAAGGAGUUAAAAUUCUUUCACAGAGCACUUUUCGUUACGAUGAUAACAUCUGGAAGAGCAGAAGAGCCUUAAACCUUGACGGAGGGAAGACUGGGUUCGACUCACAGGAGACCAAACUUCCCUCCUACUGGGGCACAUCCUUCUCUAAGAUCUGCCUCGGCAUGAAGAUCGGUCAGCAGCCGGUCAGGUUUAUUGUCAUCAACAAGCAGGCGAACUCCUUGUACUCUCUGAUCGCUGAUGGGCAAUACCGCAACACCUCACUGAGUCGUGAAACGUGGAAGUCGCUGAUUGGUCCUGAGGCCUCCUUGCAGCCCAACUGUAAUAAGGAAGGGUUUAAUGUAAAGCCUAGUGGCGGCAGCUCCUACAGAACAAGAAUCGGUAUUCUGGGUAACAAUGAAGACAACUGCGGUAAUUGUGACUCCGUAAUAGGAUUUGGUAAUAGUGGAAAACUUGGUAACUAUUGUGGGAAUUUGGCUCCUUUCAAAGCAGACAACGGCGAUAAGAAUAUUGCAGGGAUAGGUUAUGUCCUGGUGCAGUGA